UCACGCGUCACCGACGACGACCUCUGAGUUCGUCUCAAUUCUCGGUCCUCGGACGUGUAGCGGUGGGAUAACUCCGUACUACAUCCUUGGUCCACACAAAACAUGCUCAGACCCACCGCCCGACGUCAAUCUCAACUGACAUGCCUUAUGGCGCUGCCUCGGGGUGGUGCUCGCGCUGUACUCCGGCGAUUCAUGGCUACCAACGCCGAGAAAGGAGGGAUUCAGGACACUGCAGCCUAUUGCAGCGAUGUGGUCCGCAAACGUGACUAUGAGUCAUUCCUCAUCUCGCACUUCUGGCCACGGGAGCUCCGGGAACAUUUCAUUGCGUUGCGCGCGUUUUAUGUGGAACUGGCUUCCGUGCAAGAGGCGGUCUCGAACAUAACGUUGGGCAAGAUGCGGAUGCAAUUUUGGAGAGACGCGGUGAAGGACAUCGCUGAUGGUAGACCGCCGAGGCAUCCAACAGCGCUCGCUUUGGUACGGGCGUGUCAAGCCGCAAAUCUGCAAACAUAUCACCUUAAACGUAUCAUCGACGCGAGGGAUGCCGAGCUUGACACCCCAACACACAUGUCACUAGACUCCCUAACAUCUCAUGCAGAAGCCACAUCCUCGACGUUCCUGUACCUGCAACUAUCCCUCCUCUCCCUGUCCGCGUCGUCAUCACUUUCACAUGCCGCUUCGCAUCUCGGCGUUGCGCAGGGUAUCACUACGCUGCUACGCGCACUGCCGUAUCACGCGUCGCAGGGUAGGAUGAUGAUACCAGCGGAAAUCACGGCGCGGCACGGCGUCAGUCAGGAGGAGGUUUUUCGCAAGGGUGGGCAAGCAAGCGGCAUCGAAGACGCUGUAUUUGAGUUUGCCACUGUGCCGACCCGACUGUAUCUGGAGCGCCUGGAAGCGGCAAAUUUCGACGUGUUCGAUCCGUCUUUGCAAGUGCGUGGGUGGCAGCUGCCGUGGAGGAUCUGGCGUAGUUACUACUACAAGGGGCAGUUUUAGCAGCAUAAGGAUAAAAUGGAUAUGUCGUGCGCACGAA